AUGUACCCGGAACUUCUACCUAAACCUAGCCGGGACGCGAAUACGGCCGCGGCAAGAGAUGUUGCCCAUGCACCGGAUUCCCCAACUCGGCAUCGGCACGGCGGAUAUGUACCUAGAAAGGCCUUUCCACAGAACAGGCGGAGGGAGGAGAUAUGCUUCAUGCAGAAUCUUUUCCGAGAAUCUCUCGAAGACCUGUUGUUUUCAAAGCUUUACUACUUAGACAAUUACGUCGACCAAGAGGCGAUACACUGUUUAGAAGGGCCCAAGAUGUACGAAUUCGCCCUCAGCCUGCCAGAUAUAGUGUUGUUUACCGAACAUAAUUAUAGACAGCAACAGCGUUGUUGCCGCUGGUCGGCCUCGAAGGGAAACCUUCACAUUGCACUCAGCAACCUCAUCCAGCUCCAGGAUUGUUUUAUGUGGAAAGGUCCUGGUCCCGGAGAUCUCCAGUUUGGCGUACAAUUCAACGCCACUCGCCGGCCAGGUGCUAUUCCUGUGGAAGUUGCAUGGCAUCCUGACUAUAUUUCUUUCCAACUGUUCCUUUCUUUCCAACUGUUCUCCAAUCCGGUCCUCGAAGGAGAUCCUCUUCGCUUGGUUCCGGCAUACAGGGCUAUAUCUCGUGAUUUGUCGAUGCUUGAGACUCUGGUCUGGAAUAAUUCUGUCUCGGGAUUCCAAGGCGUGGUUCCCUUCCUUUCUGACGCUGCAGAGCGCAACUUACAACCUGAGACGGCGGUCCAGCCAGGUGCAGGAGGUGAAGACGUUAAUUUCUACACGGCUCAGUUCAUUGUGACGGGUAUCUAUAAACAAUAUUUUGAUUCCAAAACAUACUGUGAAUAG